UCCCAUGUCCUCGUUUCAGUCUCCGUGUGUAGUAAUCCAUUGGUUAAAAGACUCAGUAAUUCCAAGAUUACCGCAUCAUCUGAGUACAACGGACAUCACGCGGCUUGGCUGGGAAGACUGGGCCGAGUACGGCGUGGACCUUACGUGGGAGCCUGGUGCGCAAGACACAACAAUCACAACCAGUGGAUCAAGUUUGAUUUCUCUCGACCAAUGCGUAUCACCAAAGUGGACACACAAGGAAGGCAUGACGCUGACCAGUGGGUAACGCGCUAUCUGCUGUCUUCCAGCUUGGAUGGAAUUCACUGGCAGAUCUACAGGUUUAACAGCCAGGAUAAGUACUUUCAAGGAAACCGUGACCGUAACAGUGUUGUCACGCAAGCCAUCAAUCCACCCAUUUUGGCGCGAUUUGUUCGCUUGCACCCGAAGGGAUGGAGAAGUCACAUCUCUAUGAGGGUCGAGUUUUAUGGAUGUCGAGCAGAUCCGUGCGAUGUUCCUUUGGGAAUGCAAGACGGCCGGGUUACUAAGGGAAUGCUGACUGCCUCCUCCAUGUACAACCACCUUUAUGGUCCGUGGAGUGCCAGGCUGCAGGCACGGAACCAUGGCUCAACUCGAGGGGGCUGGAUUGCAAAGUACCGCAACGCACAUCAGUUUCUGCAGAUUGACUUAGGAAUUGCGACAAGGGUGAAAAGAAUCGCUACACAGGGUCGGUAUGAUGCCAAUCAAUGGGUCAAGUCCUACACGGUUUCUUAUAGCAAUAAUGGAGUGAGGUUCUUUCCGGUUAAACACGGAAGAAGAGUCAAGGUAACGUUACAGAAAACUUUUACAAAUCAAAUUAUUUCAGGAAAACUGGUCUUCCAAGGUAACAUGGAAAGAAAUCUCGUUGUAUUUCACAAGUUCAGACCUUCGUUGAAAACACGUUACGUUCGCAUUCAUCCGAAGACUUGGUACAGUUAUAUCUCCAUGAGAGUGGAGCUGUAUGGCUGCAGAUUGGGUCCACUCUGUAACCGACCAAUGGGAAUGCAGUCUGGCCGUCUUAAAAAUCACAUGAUCACAGCCUCGUCCAUAUGGGACGUGAACCACGCCGCUCAUCUGGCUCGUCUUCAUAACCGUCGCCGCGGCAAUGUUAUGGGGUCAUGGUCUUCAAGAUACAACACUAGGUACCAGUGGCUACAGGUCUACUUCGGAGGAGCAGCCAAAAUAAUCCGAAUUUCUACCCAGGGAAGACAUGACACGAAUCAGUGGGUGACACAGUAUUAUAUAACGCACAGUUUGGAUAGAGUUCACUUUUCAGAGUACAAAGAACGAAACAGCAGGAAGUAUUUCAGUGCUAACCGCGAUCGCAACACGAUAGUGUCACACCCCUUCAUUCCUGCUAUUCGAGGACAGUACAUCCGAAUACAUCCAUGGGGAUGGCACGCUCAUAUCUCUAUGAGAGUGGAGUUCUACGGGUGUCGAAUCGGUAAACCUCACUAGUUUUAAUAUUUUAGUAUUUUCAUGGAAUAUAAUACGGACACCAAAACUGAUAUAACAUCUGACAUCAGUCUAAAAGAGGGGCACGCGCAUUGAACAAGACGAGACAAGGCAACAUUUAUUUGUAUUGUAGUCUGCAGGAUUAAAUAGAACAUAAAAAUUUGAAAUAUGCAUUGUAGCUGAUCACCCAAAAUAACUACAGAGCUAAACUAGUUGACUUGUUCCUGUCG